UCCAUAUUGACCACUAUCAACUUUAUGCGAAUGCGCUCCCAACAAGGACUAGCGCGUCACGUGAUGUCAGCCGCGCCAUUCAGAAUUGUCGCCCCACCAGGACAAUGCAAGGUCUGAUUGGCCGGCUCGGAUUAUGACAUCACUGAUGCUAUUCUGAGCCCUAGCGCUAACCCCUUUGGGAUGCUGUUGUUCCUUUGCAAUCUGUCCGACCAUCAAGGACGGAGUCGAGAGGAGAAUCUUGACCAUGCGGUAUCAGGACGACAGGCUGUCUAGGGUUCCUGUCCAAUCAACAGGCGAAGAUGUUGCCCCUGUUGCAGAGGUGCUCAUAUGGGGGUUUAGUUCGAUGCAGCGCUUUAAAGAGCCCCGGCAGUCUCUUCACCAAACACUCUUCAUUCAUCGUCAGUCGUUUACUCGUCUAUUAGAGUCGAAUCUUCCCUCGUUGACUAAGUCAUUCAAGUUGUCUCUCUCUCUCUCUCUCUCUUCCAUUUCUUGUCUCCAUCUUUUCCUGAUUCUCCAGAUACCCUAUAGUACCAGAACCGGCAAAAUGGCUAUGAGCUAUGAAUUGAUCGUCUUCCUCGUCAUCCUCGGCUGUGUCGCCGCCGUGCUCAUCGCAUACGCCCUGCACUCGCACUUCUCCCCUCCCACGGAAGACGUCUUCCCCCAGCCGAGUCAUGAACAAAAGGGCUAUAUGCGCGAAGUACGAGAGCGGAAUAUAGAUGCUCUGGUCUACGAGUCGCGCAGGAUAGAGAAGCGGAACACGGCGGAUAUGUGUUGACUGUCAUGACCCAUGAGCAUGGAUAUCUUUCAUUGUUUAUACCGGCUGAGCCGGUUCGCUCGUUGAAUGCUCUAAUACUCUGUCUUGAUGCCCUUGCUUGUAUUGUGACAGUAUACCAGUUGCAA